UUUUUGUGCAUCGCAUUCGUGUCGAGUUCUAGUGGUUAGUUUUCUUUGUAUCUAAAAGAUGGGCAAAACACGGACAAUUGAGUACCAUAGCUGAUAAUAGAUCAUAUCACAUAUUUUGAAUUAGAUGCCAGUUUUGAACCUAGACAAUAUUAGAAUAUGAUAUAAUCAUAUUCAUGGUUUGGGAAAAUAUCAAGAAGUUAAAAUAGCAAAUUAUCCAGAUUUGAUCCACACUUAUAUAGCACCACAAUUUAUAAAUUAAUCAGACAUGGCUGACUAUUUCCAAGAAUUCAAUAUCCAACCUCUAGCUGAUGGGGAAGCUCCCAAUCAUUUUUUACAUGCUGCCAGGCUUUUUAGAGAUUAUGGAAUGUUCGAAUUAUUAAUUGAUGGACAAAAUCCACCCCCACCAGCAGCAAAAAGUGUAAUUGAAAAUUUACAAAAUAAAGAAAUCAAACAUGACAAAGAACAAUGCACAGUUUGUUUGAGGUUUUUCAAAACAGGUGAUACUGGCAAAGAAUUACCUUGCAAACAUUUCUAUCAUUCCGAAUGCAUUGUACCGUGGUUGCAAAAAACAAACUCUUGUCCACUAUGCAGACAUGAAUUACCUACAGAUGAUGAGGUAUAUGAAGAAUAUCGAAGAGAAAAGUUACGUUCCGUGCAAAGGGAACAGGAUUUAGAAAAUUUACAUGGUUCUAUGUUUGGCUAAUUUGAUAACCACACAUAGAAUAUAUAUUUCUUACCAAUAUUAAUAUCUUUGAUAUGUGUUUAAGAAGAUUCAUUUUAAGAUAGUUUUAAUGGCAUUCAGGAAACAUUUAUAUUAAGUAAUUUAUAAUAUAUUAUCUAUUCCAAUGUGUCUAACUUGAUACAAAUAAAUUCAUUACA